CACAGAUGAAGUUAGAAAGAACAAGGUAAAGGAAGAGCAACAAAGACGUAAACAAAUUAUUCAGGGUUAUUCUGAGCUCAAAGAACAACUUCCGGCCACUUUACAUAAAAUUAGUAAUGCCAAAUUAUUGAAAAAAGCUGCCUCAUAUAUGGCACGAAGAACAAAAGAAGUGAAUAGUCUUGAAGCUAAAUUACAUCAACUGAAUACAAUUUGCUCCGAUUUGAAUAUAGAAUUGGAAUGCGUUAAAAA